AUUUAGACUUUGUCUGAGGAGGCAGAGGAGAGAAAGGAGAAGAGAAGAAGGUAGAAAAACAGGAGGUGAAGAGAGAGAGAAACAAGCUUGGAGUAACGCUGGAGAAACUAAAUGAGGAGGUGAAGAGAAGGAGAGCAAGAGAAGAAAAGUCAAGUUUAGAAACAAAGAAAGGAGAAAGAAAGGGGGGAAGAAAGCGAUGUGACUGCGAAGGAGGUGAUUUGAAAGGUGGACGGAGGAAUUAAGCAAGAAAAGAAGAGAAGAAAUAAGUGAUUGCAGAUGUGAGGAGGAGAAAAUAGAGGACAGCUGAUGUGACUUUUUUUGGAUAAAAACAAAGUGACUUGGAGGAAGAGGAGAAGAAAGGAAAAAAAGAAAGAAGAAGAAGAAGAGGAGGAGGACGAGGAGCAGUAGAUGUGACUGUUUGCAGAGCGUUCAUUAACACUUGAAGUGUGUGUGAGGAGCAGAUCUGAUCCUGAUGAUGGGCUGCUGUCUGUUUGUUUACUAUCGGAAGAAGAGGAAGCAGGCCAGCAGAGAUGCAGACUCCCUCAGUCUCUGCAGUCUGGACAUCAACGAGCCCAGCACCAAGCGGAGUAAACCUGUAUCCAGGGUGACGUCUCUGGCCAACCUGCUGCCGCCUGUCAAGACUGCACCGCUGAAGAGGAUCGGUCAGACGCUGCAGCGCUCCAUCAGUUUUCGUAAUGAGGGUCGGACUGAGAGAGCAGCUCCUCCUCCCCCGUCCUCCUCUACGAUGAAGACUCGAGUAAUCUCAGCGACCGUCUCCAACCCUUCCUCCUCCAUGACUGCAACACGGGUUUCCACAGCAACAGCCCCAGCCGCCAAGCGCCGUGACAGCAAGCUUUGGAGCGAGACGUUUGAUGUCCGGCUGGGAGCGAUGCAAACUCUGAGCCCAAAAGAGAUAAAACGACAAGAGGCUAUAUUUGAGUUGGCCCAGGGUGAGCAAGACCUGGUAGAGGACCUCAAGUUGGCCAAGAAGGCCUACCAUGACCCAAUGCUGAAGCUGUCAAUCAUGACUGAACAGGAACUGAACCAGAUCUUCGGUACUCUGGACUCCCUGAUACCGCUGCAUGAAGAUCUCCUGAGUCGCCUCCGUGAUGCCAGAAAACCUGACGGGUCCACAGAACAUGUGGGACACAUCCUGACUGACUGGCUGCCCUGUCUCUCCUCCUACACUCCGUACUGCAGCAACCAGGUGAAGGCUAAAGCCCUGUUGGAUCAGAAGAAGCAGGAUCGGCGGGUCCAGGACUUCUUGCAGCGCUGCCUCCAGUCGCCCUUUAGCAGGAAGUUGGACUUGUGGAACUUCCUGGACAUCCCCCGCAGCCGGGUGGUGAAAUACCCAUUGCUGCUGAGGGAGAUCCUGAAGCACACGCCCAACGACCACCCGGAUCGGCAGCACCUGGACGAGGCGAUGCUGAUGGUUCAGAGUGUGGUGGCGGACAUCAACAGGCGGACUGGAGAGUCUGAGUGUCAGUACUACAAAGACCGUCUGUUGUACGCAGAGGACGGACUGAAGGACGGACUCAUUGAUCAGUCUCGGACCCUUUGCUGUCACGGAGAACUGAAGAACAACAGAGGACUCAAGCUCCACGUGUUUCUGUUCCAGGACGUCCUCGUCAUCACCAGGUCCCUCACGCUUUACGACCAGCAAAUCAACUACCAGCUCUGCCGCCAGCCAAUCCCCAUCCGGCAGCUGGACCUGGAGGACCUAUCAGACGGAGAGAUGAGAAUAGGCGGGUCCAUCAGAGGGGCCUUCAGCAACAAUGAGCGGACAAAGAACUUCUUUCGGGUUUCGUCCCGCAGCGGAGGUCAGCUGCAGAGCCACUGCUUCCAGGCCAGCGACGCCUUCAACAAACAGCAGUGGAUCAACUGCAUCAGACAAGCCAAGGAAGCAGCAGCACUGACAGGAGAUCAGCCACCACAGACAGGACAGUGUCUGGAGACAGGGCUGGGUGGACAGAUAGGGCCGCUUAGUGAAACAGGUCUGAGUGUGCCGAGCGAAUCAGAGCUUGAAAAUGAAAAAACAAUGUGGGCGGAGAUGAAGACAGGGCUGGGUUUUGAAGGUGAGGUAGGUCUAAUUGGGGAAAAAAAUUUGGCUAAAGAGGUGGGGGUGGGUUUGAUUCUUGAGACAGCGACUAGUCAGGAGGUGGAGACAAGUUUGGGUGUGGAUGGUGGGACGGUGCUGGAAUCAGAUGAAAAAACAGGGAUGAAUGGUGAUUCGAGGCUGGAGAUGAGUGAGACGGAGGCGGGUGUAAAGACAGAGGCAGGACAGGGUGCAGGUGAUGAGACGGAGGCAGACUUGAGGAUGAAGAUGGACGGAGGAGGAGAAGGAGAUGAAGAGACUCUCAGUGGAGGUGCUAAUGAUGUUCCCACCUCCCUCCUUCCCUCCUCUGCUUCUCACUGUCAAGAAGAGCAGCAGGAGGAGGAGGAAAAGGAGGUGAUGGGGGAGGAGCAGAGUGGCACUCAGGAGCAAGAAGAGGUCGUCAUGGACACCAGCGAGGUUGACUCCUCACCACAGGUCGAGGAGCUGACCCUCAGAUGCUGAUGCUAGGACCACACACACUGAAGGACUGGCAAUGCAGCCAAUCAAAACCUCUUAUUUCACGAUGAUGUCACUGAACAAAGCCAAAGAACAUCGACACUCAAACAAACUCGUCAAGAUUCGUUAACCAACGUGUUCCGGAACUCUGCAGCUGCUGUAUCCUGACCACUUGUAACCACCGUAACCACGGUAACCACGGUAACCACUUGAUUCUAGAAUGCCACAGCAACAGAACGGAACACUGGCCCCCAUGGGACUCUACUAACUGUAUUCCAGGAUGGUGUCCCAUUCGCUCCAAUGAAAGCUACAAAAAUAGAGAAAAAU